UAGCGAUACCAUUGCGAUAGAGUUUUUCUUUUACACGGGAGGGAAUUGCAAUUUAUUGACUAGAAUUUUGCAGAUUUUUAUUAGAUCCAGAUUUGCGCACGCCCACCCACACAAACACAAUGAUGAAGCAACACCCAACGAGCAAGAGGAAAAAAUCAUCAGAGCUGCAGUUGCCCUGCGGCUGGCGCGAUUGCAAAGUGGUUUGCGAUGGCGAAUGGCUGCUCAAUGGCCACAUUGCCGAGCAUCUGGAGAAGCACCAGCAGCAGCAACAGCAACAGCAACAGCAGCAAGAGUCACAGGGCCCGGACAAAUGUGUAUGCGUAUGGAACGAUUGCGACUUUCAAACAAAUUGCCGCGAAGAAUUCGAACGGCACAGUUACUAUCAUGGCUAUUACAUUAAUCUGCUGCUCCAGGGCAAGCACGAGUGCGAGCUCCAUCCCGAGAUACCUUCCUGCUAUGCACUGCCACGCAAAGGCAACAAGCUGCCCGAGCUGAAACAGAAUUUCCAUUGCGGCUGGAGUGACUGCCAGCGCUCGUUCAUUUCCAUAGUCGAGUUCCAGGAUCACAUUGUGCAGCACGCCUCCUUUGAAUAUGAGAUACAAAAGUCGCCAGACGACGAGCGGCCCAAGACCCAGUGCAACUGGACGCUGUGCAACAAGCAGCUGGAGAACAAGUAUCGCCUCAUCGAGCACAUCAGCACGCACUCCAACAAAAAGCAUGUUGCCUGCUAUCAUUGCGGCGAGCUGUUCAGGACGAAGACAACGCUGUUCGAUCAUCUCCGCCGGCAGCCGGACAACAACACACACAAAUUUCAAUGUGCGCAGUGCUUUAAAUUCUUUGCCACGGAGAAGCUGCUGCGCGGUCAUGUUGUGCGGCACGUGAACUGCUACAAGUGCACCAUGUGCGACAUGACCUGCAGCUCGGCCAGCUCGCUGACCACGCACGUACGCUAUCGCCACCUGAAGGACAAGCCGUACAAGUGCACGGAAUGCGACACACGCUGUGUUCGCGAAUCGGAUCUGGCCAAGCACGUACAGAUUGUCCAUUCCAAGAUGGUGCAUCAGUGCGAUCAACCCGGCUGUCAGUACUCCGUGCGCACCUACACGCAGAUGAGACGACACUUUCUGGAGGUGCAUGGCAAUAAUCCGAUAUUCUAUGCCUGCCAUUGCUGUGAGCGCUACUUUAAGACGGGCAAAUCCCUGUCCGUUCAUCUGAUUAAGAAGCACGGCUUUCGUCUGCCAUCGGGCCACAAACGCUUCUCGUAUCGCGUGGAUGAGAACGGUUUCUAUCGGCUAGAGAUGACGCGCAUUGAGAGCCUGGAGGUUACACAGCAGAUCUUAGCGCCACAUAUCAAAGAGGAGCCGAACCUGGCCGGCAGCUGUUAUGAGAUAGUGAAUCCAAUUGGUGUUGACUACGAACGCAUAAUCGUUUCCAACGAUGCCAACGAGGCGCAGCUGGUGGGCGAGGUGACCAUCUCGUUGCCCAGCCUAAACGACGAAGACUUCUGAAUGCAGAAAUCAAAAUUCAAUCAAAAUCAAAAUGGAAGUACAGUAAGCACUCGUUGACACAAACGGCUGUGUUCACGGUAUGGUGCUCCUGUUUCUCCAGCCCCCUGUUCCUGAUUCACUUCCACAAAAAUGCACCGCCGAGUACUCAUAGUUUGUAAGCAUCAUCUAACCUAAACAAGAUUUGUUCGAGACUGGGAACUCCAGCUGCGGCCAGACACACACAUGCACAUGCAUGUGCACGUUUAGCGAAUGCCCACUGUAGUCCAAGGUCUUCUAUACGUAUAGCAUAAUCGCAUUUAGAAAGAACUAUGUAUCACAUUUAAUUUAGAUAUAAGUACAAAGUUAAGAGUUCGACAAGCAUAUUUAAUAAACCAAACCAUGGAAAUCACUAAAA